AUGGAGGCCAUGGAGGACCUGUCGGAGCUCGCCGAGUCGAUGCGCCAGGCGGCGUCGCUCCUCGCCGACGACGACCCCUCCGACGACGCCGCGCCGCGCCGCCCCACCACCUUCCUCAACGCCGUCGCCCUCGGCAACGUCGGCGCUGGCAAGUCGGCCGUGCUGAACAGCCUCAUCGGCCACCCGGUCCUGCCGACGGGGGAGAACGGGGCGACGCGGGCGCCUAUAGUGGUUGACCUUCAGAGGGAGCCGGGGCUCAGCAGCAAGGCCAUCAUGCUGCAGAUCGACAGCAAGUCGCAGCAGGUCUCCGCGAGUGCCCUCCGGCAUUCACUGCAGGACAGACUCAGUAAGGGGGCGUCUGGUGGAUCAGGGAGGGGCCGUGCUGAUGAAAUUUACCUCAAGCUGCGGACGAGUACAGCUCCCUCAUUAAAGCUGAUUGAUUUACCUGGGAUAGACCAGCGAGCUGUUGAUGAUUCCAUGAUCAAUGAGUAUGCUGGGCACAAUGAUGCAAUACUGCUCGUUGUCAUACCUGCAAUGCAAGCUGCUGAUGUCGCAUCGUCUCGAGCUCUGAGGUUGGCCAAGGAUAUCGAUUCAGAUGGGACAAGAACUGUUGGUGUUAUAAGCAAAGUUGAUCAAGCAAAUGGAGAUGCAAAAACUAUAGCUUGUGUUCAGGCCCUAUUGUCGAACAAGGGUCCAAAAAACCUUCCUGACAUCGAGUGGGUUGCUCUAAUUGGACAAUCUGUUGCGAUUGCGUCAGCACAAUCAGUUGGGUCUGAAAACUCGCUAGAAACAGCUUGGCGAGCUGAAGCUGAAAGCCUGAAAAACAUCUUAACUGGAGUUUCUCAGAAUAAGCUUGGUAGAACUGCUUUGGUUGAUACAAUUGCUAAGCAAAUCCGUAAAAGAAUGAAAGUGCGGGUUCCUAACCUAUUGAGUGGCCUUCAGGGUAAGUCUCAAAUGGUGCAAGAUGAACUGGCAAGGCUGGGAGAAUCUAUGGUUCAAAGUCCCGAAGGAACCCGGGCAGUUGCUUUGGAGCUGUGCCGAGAAUUUGAGGACAAGUUUCUUGCUCACGUAACAUCUGGUGAGGGAUCUGGUUGGAAAAUUGUUGCAAGUUUUGAAGGCAAGUUUCCAGACAGAAUUAAACAGCUACCAUUGGACCGACAUUUCGAUCUGAACAAUGUCAAAAGGAUUGUCUUGGAAGCCGAUGGUUAUCAACCAUAUUUGAUAUCUCCAGAGAAAGGGUUGAGAUCCUUAAUAAAAAUAGUACUGGAAAUGGCAAAGGAACCAUCACGACUAUGUGUUGAAGAGGUUCAUCGUGUAUUGUUAGACAUAGUCAAUGCUUCCGCAAAUGCCACACCAGGACUUGGAAGGUAUCCUCCAUUCAAGCGUGAGGUUGUUGCAAUAGCAUCAAAUGCAUUGGAGACCUUCAAAAAUGAUGCAAAAAAGAUGGUCGUCGCGCUUGUUGAUAUGGAACGUGCAUUUGUUCCUCCCCAACAUUUCAUCCGCUUAGUGCAAAGAAGAAUGGAAAGGCAGCGUCGGGAGGAUGAGUUAAGAAAUCGAUCUUCUAAGAAAACACAGGAAGCUGAACAGUCAACAUCUAAGAGGGCCUCCAGUCCCCAAACAGAUGCUGAGCAAGGUGGUGGCAGCUUAAAAUCAAUGAAAGACAAAUCUGGCCAGCAAGAUAAAGACGCAAAAGAGGGAUCAAAUUUGCAGGUUGCUGGUCCUGCUGGUGAAAUUACUGCAGGGUACCUCUUAAAGAAAAGCGCAAAAACUAAUGGGUGGAGCAAAAGAUGGUUUGUUCUUAAUGAGAAGAGUGGAAAGCUUGGGUACACAAAGAAACAAGAGGAGAGACAUUUUCGUGGUGUCAUCACUCUUGAGGAGUGCAACCUUGAGGAGGUAGAGGAGGAAGAACCUUCUAAAAGUUCAAAAGACUCAAAAAAGGCAAAUGGAUCAGAAAAAACACCAAGUCUUGUAUUUAAGAUUACUAACAGGGUUGCAUACAAAACAGUCCUAAAAGCUCAUAGUGCUGUUGUGUUAAAGGCUGAGAGCAUGGCUGACAAGGUUGAGUGGGUAAAUAAGAUCAAAGCUGUUAUUCAGAGCAAAGGGGGUUCUUUCAAGGGUCCAAGUACUGAGGGUGGUUCUAUGAGGCAAAGCAAUUCGGAUGGCGCUUUAGAUACUAUGUCACGGAGACCUGCUGAUCCUGAAGAAGAACUUAGAUGGAUGUCUCAAGAAGUUCGUGGUUAUGUUGAGGCUGUUUUGAAUAGUCUGGCAGCAAAUGUUCCGAAGGCUAUUGUGCUUUGCCAAGUGGAGAAAGCAAAGGAAGACAUGCUUAACCAGCUAUACAGCUCGAUAAGUGGGCAAAGCAAUGCUAAGAUUGAAGAGCUUCUUCAAGAGGACCAUAAUGCUAAGCGCAGAAGGGAGAAGUACCAAAAACAAUCAUCACUCCUGUCAAAACUUACUCGUCAACUCAGUAUCCAUGACAACAGGGCAUCUGUUUCCUCUUAUUCUAAUGACACCCUGAAGCUGCCAACAUUAAGAAGUCAGCUUAUAUAUGCAAUGGUCAUGCAAGGAGCCAAGGAGGCUCAUGUCCCAAAGCCUUAUUUAGCUAAUGAACCUUAUGAGAGCCCUCGAACACCGAGCCGCUCGGGUGAGGACUGGAGGUCUGCCUUUGAUUCCGCAUCAAAUGGGCCUGUUGCUGCAAGCAAAAACAGUGAAUCAAGGUCGAGAAGUGCUGAUGGUCGCAGUCGGCGCUACGAGAACGGGGAUGUGAGCUCAGGUGCCAACUCUGGCAGCCGGCGCACACCGAACCGGUUGCCACCAGCGCCGCCAAAAUACUAA